GAGUUCCCCUUGCCCUGGGAGACCUCAGGCCUUUGGGGAUAUCCCAGCGUGGGUGACAGCCCGUGGGGGCUCAGAGGGUCAAAGGAAGUGCCGGGGGAGCUCUGGGGUUCUGGCAGUUUCCUGCCGAGGCUCUUGAAAACCGGCCACGCUAGAGCCAGGCUCAGAGAGUGGGGCAGGCAGGAGCCCGAAGCCAAGUGCCAUAACACUUCCCAGGUACUGUCAAGUCUCUGCCCAGGACUCUGCAGUCAGUGGCGGCGAUGGCAUUCGUCCCUGAUUUGGACACACUGGAGAAUAGCAGCCUAAAUGAGGAGAUGUUUUAUGGCCCCGACUGCCUCUGCCCGCAGAAGAAACCCCGACUGGACUUGGAGGUGACAUCACCCAGGGUGGGCAUCCAAGUGACAGUGACCAAGGGACACCCUGCCAGGACCUUUCGCCGGGCUGCUGUCCUGGUGGUUGCUGUGACCAAGUUCCUAAAGCAGCCAGCGCACAAGGACUUUGCUGACAGUGACCUUGGCAGCUUCUUGGAUGAUCUUUUCGAGCCCAUCUCCUUCCAGCACAUAACGGGCAGUUAUGCUGGGGCACCCGUCUUCCGCUACACCCGCUCCCAGUCCUUUGACAUCCUGGACAUUGACCACAAGUGUUUUGUGCUGGAGUCGCCAACCCAGCUGGUGGCCCUGCACCUGCAGGGACCCUCUGCCGGACGGAAAGUGAAGCUCAACAUCGCUCUGUACCGUCCCCGGUCAUUGCAGGGCAGCCCAGGGGCUGGGCGGGUGCCUGUGGCCUUGGGUAUCAAGGGCUACCAGCUCUAUAUGUCGUGUGUGAUGAGUGGCGCCAAGCCCGUGCUGCAGCUGGAGGAAGCUGAUGUCAGGAGGGAUAUUGAGACCGUGGAGCUGACCCGCUUCAUCUUCUACCGUCUGGACAGCCCGGCCGAGGGGACUACCCGCUUCGAGUCCGCUGCCUUCCCUGGCUGGUUCGUCUGCACAUCCCUGCAGCCCCGCCAGCCUGUGGGUAUCACCAACGCUCCUGACCAAGUGAACAUUGCUACCUACGAGCUGAGCGGGCGCUGAAGACCCUGCACCAACCCAACCGGCAGUCACCGGUUUUCAGGCUGUAUGUACUGAGUACAACCCCCUGGGAUGGGACCCCUCUCACCAUCUACUUCAGAUGAAAUAGUAGCUCUGGGCCCCAUGGGCUCAAGACACCCCAAUCCUUAUUUAUUUACUUAUUGUGUCUGGCCAGUGCUUUUAUAUUUAUUUUUUGUGCUCCUUUAUUUAUUGCUGCUUUUAACUUGUAUGUGUUUUAUUGUUAUCUGGAACGCUGGUGUUUGUAGAGAUGGAAGUGGAAAUAAAAGGUUUUCCAGGGCUGAAUUGCUCAGCUCAUUGCUCUCACGGGGGUUACAGAUGGGAAAAUCCUACUGCUUUGGCUGCUUCUGGGCACUCUCCAAGCCUGAGUGAAAGCCCAGGGGGUAGGGGGCAACCCCACAGCCCAGGGACCACCCUGAUUUGG